CUUCAUUCUACAUUCAUUAAUUUUCUCAUCAACCAGUCCAUCCUUUUUGUUUUGGUGCACGCCAAUUUUAUUAAAUAAGAUUCUUUUGGGACGAAUAAUUGAAGAUGGCGAGUCCUGUUCAUUGUAGAGCUUUAGCUAGCUCCACCACAGCAAUAAGCUCGAGAGGAGCUUUGAUUUCUGCUGUGUUGAGCAAACAAUGUACACAGAAUCGCUUGGGGAGCUUGAUAGCUCGCAGAUACAAAUCUGGUCCAUAUGGUUAUACGCAAGCUAAAGCACUUGUGUAUUCUAAGUAUGGAGAGCCGGCGGAUGUCUUAUCUCUUCACAAUCACUCCAUUUCCCCCUCUCUUCCUUCCAAAUCGAUGCUCCUCCGUACGCUCGCGACCCCCAUCAACCCCGCCGAUAUAAACCAAAUCCAAGGUGUCUACCCCUCCAAGCCCCCCUUCACCAGUCUUCUCGGAACCGAAGCUCCCUCAGCCGUCGGUGGUAAUGAAGGAUGUUUCGAAGUCAUGUCUCUCGGUCCCGGCAUCUCAACCCUUUCGAAAGGCGACUGGGUGAUUAUGAAAUCGACUGGGUUUGGAACAUGGCGCACACAUGCUAUCGCGGAGGAAUCUCAGGUUCUCAAGAUUGGCAACAAAGAGGGACUGAAGCCCAUUCAGGUCGGCACUGUGAGCGUUAAUCCGUGCACGGCUUACAGAAUGCUGAGAGAUUUCGAGAGUAUGGUGGAGGGCGAUUGGUUCAUACAAAAUGGUGCGAAUAGUGGGGUGGGGAGAGCAGCCAUACAGUUGGGGAAGAGGUGGGGAUAUAAGAGUAUCAAUAUCAUACGGGAUCGUGAGAAUGCUGAGGAGACUGAGGCGAUGAAGAAAGAAUUAUUGGAAUUGGGUGCUACGAAGGUGGUGACCGAGUCGGAAUUGAUGGAUCAAAGGUUCAGGGACCAAGUUAAGGAGUGGACGAAUGGAGGCAGGGAGAAGAUUCGCGUGGGAUUGAACUGUGUGGGUGGACAACCCGCAGGUGCCUUGGUGAAAUGUCUGAGUAAUGGAGGUCAUUUGGUUACAUAUGGAGGAAUGUCUAAGAAACCAUUGAUGCUUCCUACUGCAGCUUUGAUCUUCAAGGAUAUUAAGUUUAGUGGUUAUUGGGUUAGUAGGUGGAGCGAUAGCCACCCAGAUGAGAAGAAGAAAACUGUCGAUGAAAUUUUGGAGAUGACGAGAUUAGGUAUGUUCAAGGACAUUCCGGUUCAAGAACUCAAGUGGGAUUGGGAGACAAAGGAGGAUGUGUUGAAGUCGGCAGUGAAAGGAACCUUGGAGGGAUUCAGGAGUGGAAAGGGAGUUUUCAUCUAUGGAGAUACAUAGAUUGUGAUGGGGAAGAAUGGGAUAGAAUAUUAUUGAGUGGUGAUUUCUUGUUUUUGAGAGUGGUUAUUGGAGCGCUCAUUCUACUGGAGACUGCUCCUUCUCCACCUAUUCCACCAUUGUCAACUCUCGAAAGUUGAAUGCCCCAGAUUUUCAUCGAUACAGAUCUAAGUCUUCGGGGACCCAAGCGAGUGUUGCUGGGAAUUCGGCAAGUGUAUGUUUGCCCUCAGAUUCCUUGAUUUCGAGACAGCUAGCGGAUUCCUAUCAAUCAGAAUGAAAUUCUCUUGUCGAAUUUACUACCUAAUGGAUAGCAGCGAAAAGUAUAGAUUGUCCAUCAUUCCCUUGCGCUGACCUGUUGCAGUUGAAUGUUCAAGUCUUGGCUUCAAUAUUGUAUUUUCAAUCUUCAAUCUGAUAACGAGAAUUGGUUUAUAAAUUUGCAAUUCAUU